GGAAAAGAGACAUAGGCAAACGAAGGAGGUUGCUCUCGCAGAGUAAAAGUGUGGAUCUGUUAUUCAUUUUUUUCCCACUAUUCCUCCUUUAUUUUGUUUCCCCCUUUUAUUCAAAAAUAUAUAUUGUCGUUGGAUGAUCUGUUACCUGAAUAGACAUUCCAUCAGGUUGCUACAUAGGAAUAUAUGUCUCAGGAGAUUUAUAUAGCAGACAUGUACUGAAUUUAUUCACUUUUUAUACUCAAGUGCUAGUAUUUUACCUUCUAAACAGCCCUCCCCAGGAAGAUCUAUAUUUGCUAUCAUAUAUUAGCUAUGGAUGUAUUCAUGAAAGGGUUCUCCAAAGCUAAGGAGGGAGUUGUAGCAGCUGCUGAAAAAACGAAACAGGGCGUGGCAGAAGCAGCAGGCAAGACAAAAGAGGGCGUUCUUUAUGUGGGUUCUAAAACAAAGGAAGGAGUCGUUCAUGGGGUAACAACAGUUGCUGAAAAGACCAAAGAACAAGUGUCCAAUGUUGGAGGAGCUGUUGUCACAGGGAUGACUGCCGUAGCACAUAGGACAGUUGAAGGUGCAGGGAACAUAGCAGCAGCUACCGGGCUGGUAAAAAAGGACCAGUUGGCUAAACAGAAUGAAGGUGGCUUUGGACAAGAGGGAGUACAGGAUAAAACAAACAAGCAAGAUAACGAGACCUAUGAAAUGCCACCUGAGGAGGAAUAUCAAGAUUAUGACCCAGAAGCAUGAACAUUCCACUCAAGUGAAAUCAUCAAAGAAGAUUUUGCUUGCCAUAAAAUGUUCUGUUCCAAUGUAAAACAAUGAUCAAAUUCUAUUAUGUUGGUUUUGUUUUAACUUUAUUUUUGUUCUGAACUGUACAUGGACGUCUUCCAUCAGCAAUGAUAAGAGCUUCAUUAAUCUCCAAAUUUAUGGAUCUGUCACGCCACCUAAUUGCGAUGGACAAUAGACCAUUGGGCUACUUUGUUUGGCUAUGAAUGUUGUGGUUUCAGUUUAAAAAACUAACAAAAUACACCUAAGUGUCUACUGAUAGUCUACUUUAUAUUUGUAGUAUUGAUUGUUUUUUCUGUGAUAUUGGUAUGGUUUUCUAUUUUGCUAAACUUUUGUAUGUUUCCUAAGUUAUUAACUGUUUCAUGUUACAUAUUGUGAGACUUGUUUCUAUCUUUACAGUAUUUUCUGACAGUAAGCAUGAACUAUGCACCAAACUAUUUUACAAUUAUGUCAUGUGUUUUAAUGAUUUAUUGUUUAAAAUGUGUAAAAUGUUUCAAUAUUAAAUAAAUAUGAUAGAUUCAAAAAAGCUUAAUAUAUAUGUUCAUGAAAGAAAAACACAUUUUUCCUUGAUAUAAAAAAUGUUCUGUGCCAAAUGUAUUUGGAAAACUGGAGUGGAUUUUAAAAGGAACAAAAUAAAAUAAUGUAAGUUUU